GAAACUGGUUUGAAAGUAUCUGUUUUUUUUCAAGCAAUGCAAUUUGUUAUUUCUAAGAAAUAUCCUUAAGGUCUAUUGGUGAUGGCCAAUCAAUAGUUUAAACGCACAUCAAUCAAUACUUAACACAGUUUUCAGUCACUUCAGAUUUAUAAACUUAAGCACCCAAUAUCCCGAUUUUGUGGAAAUUUUUGGGAAAACUGCCAAUUGUCAUUGGGAUUGGGCGAAACUCCUAGAAUCAGGAGAUUAGGGAAUAUCGAUGAUCUACAUUGCUUAAUUACUAUGGAUCAUUUAGAAACCACCUAUAAAUUUUUGAUACCGUCGUUCAUGCCAGCCAUAACUCAUCCCCUGACUUAUGCCAGGACAAUGAUGUUGUUGGGGUAUGAACCAUUUCCUCCUGUUCGUCGAUUUACUUUACGUAACAUUCUACGUCCGAAUUAUGAAGUAUAUUACUACCCAAGUGUUUUCACUUACUGUCGUAAACUUCGCCAAGAAGUUGGGUUGUAUGGAAUUUUCACUAUUGGACUUCCUGCUAAUAUUAUUGGGUCAUUUGUUAAGUCGUACUCUACCAACAUCACUAUGGAGACCAGUAAAUGUACUGUUGCUCGAGUAGUGGGUGUAGUUGUUAGUUAUCCAUUCCAAGUCAUAAUGAUUCGCCAAAUGUCGCAAUUUAUCAAUGGGACACGAUUGUAUGAUUGUAUUUUCAAUGCUUUUCCUGCUAUACUGAGAAAUGAAGGUUUUUUAAGUUUCUUCAGUGGUUUGACACCUAGAUUAAUUGGAGAAGUUAUUACAGUUUGGUUGACUGCUUGUCUUGCCUAUUUUUUCAAUAAAUAUAUUUUCAUGGACCGUAUCGACCCUCCUCUGAAAAAGCACACUCCCUUUGUAACUGAGAUGAUAGUAAGUGGCGCCACUCAUGGACUCACAGUCACCUCCACAGUUAUGGCUGCUUGUGACUCGACUAUUAACGUCGUACCUGUAUUCAACAAUUGGUGGCAGUGUUAUUCCUAUCUCAGCCAAUCUGAUGCUUUUGUUAGAGGAUCAUCCUUAUUCUUCCGACGUGCUCCAUCACCAGUGUCUAAAUUACAUGGCUAUAGUCAGUGAAAAUACCUUUAGCUUACAUGAACGGGAUUACCUGAAACUGUAUUGAUCUGUUUUUUCUCUUUACUCACAUAUUCUGUUACAU